AUGUUUGCGUUCCUCGGAAAACCGAGGAACGAGAUUCCGUACGAAAAUCGUAAAAAUUUGCCAAAUAGUUUGAAAGGAUAUUAUGUUCAUAGACUUCUUGUAAAUGCUGUUGCAAUGUGGGCUUCGCCUCGUUACGCUUGUUAUAUUUUCAUGAUGUUAGAUGAAAUUCAUAGACAAGAACGUGAAGAGAUGGAAAAGAAACUUCAAGCAAAAGAUGAAGUCAUUGAAGCAAAAGACAAAAACAUACAGAAAAGAAUACCACGUUCGGUACCAAAAGGAAAGGAAAAGAACUAUAAGUAUAUGAUUUAUACUGAAGAGAUGGAAAAUGAAGAAGACAGAGAUAUGGUUAUGUUGCAUUUAGUCAGAAGAAACAACAAAAGCUUUUACGACCUUGCUAAGAUUUACAAAUCUGACAGAAAUUGGUUCUAUCGCGAAAACUUACCGAUUUCAAUGACACCGAAUGAAGAUGUUAAACAGAUAGUUCAAGAUACGUUACCUCAAACACACUAUGAUAUGAAAGGUUGUACAAUACUUACAUUCAAAGAAGAUUUGCCAUUGUUAAAGGAAAAAAUAACAGAGUAUUUUGACAACUUCAAACAAGCAGGGUAG